CCAUUGCUUUUCUGUUCCCCAAAAAAGAAUCCAAAUUAGUCCUCUUCAAUAUUCACCCCCUUUCUUCCCCAAAAUCCCAAUUUGGAGAGCGAGUCACUGAAGUCGCCAAAUUGACAACUCUAUAGCAAAUUUAAUAGCCCCUAUAGUAUACUACCCCGUGAUUCUCUUGCAGAAAAUUCAGUUUAACCCAUUUAUAGCAUUCUACAGUUGGAAUUACCAUUUAACCACCAGCAGCUCUUGUAGAAGAGGAAGAUUUGAGAAUUAUACUCCAGUGAGCUUGAAACAAGAACCUGACUGAGGCAAUUUUCUCAAAAGGACUUAGAAGUUCGGAGCUCCUUAUUGAGCCGAGCUGACUGAAUCAUACUGUGUGUAAAUUGUCAUGCUGAAUGCUGCUUCCAACUGGUGGGGGUGGGAUGAAUUCUACAAUGGAUGACAUGAACUUAAUACAUCAGGCUCAGAGGCAUCAUCUUGUAGUGAGAGAGAUAGGAGAAGAAAUUGAUUUGGAAAUAGGGCCUGGGGAUGAUGACCCUUCAUUUAGUAAUAACACUUUGAUUAAUGUUCCACCACAAGAAUCUGCGGGCGAAGAGCAUGAUGAGACCAAGCAGAUGAUGAUUCAUCAAGCUUCCGGAGUGAAUCAGGAUUUGUUGAAGACUCAACCAGUGAAAAAGAAAAAGAAGGUUGUUAAAAGAUGGAGAGAGGAGUGGGCAGAUACAUAUAAGUGGGCGUAUGUUGAUAUGAAAGAUGGCACAGCAAGGAUAUUCUGCUCUGUUUGCAGAGAGUAUGGUAGGAAGCACAGGAGGAAUCCUUAUGGAAAUGAAGGCAGUCGAAACAUGCAGAUGAGUGCUCUGGAGGAGCAUAAUAAUAGUUUACUUCACAAAGAAGCUCUUCGUCUCCAAAUGGCAUCCAAAGAUAAGAUAGUUGUUGAUAAACCUAUAUAUGUUAAAGCGCUUAUGUCAAAAACGGCUGGAUCGAUCAUUGAAGCUGCAUUAAAAAGGGAUCCUCAUGAACUAGAGUUCAUACAAUCUGUUCAAGAAGCGGUUCAUGCUUUAGAAAGAGUCAUUUCAAAAAACUCAAGUUACGUAAGCACUAUGGAGCGGUUAUUAGAACCUGAGCGCACAAUUAUUUUUCGAGUGCCGUGGGUUGAUGAUAGGGGUGAGACGCAUGUGAACCGUGGGUUUCGGGUUCAUUUUAAUCAGACUCUAGGUCCAUGCAGGGGUGGUCUCCGUUUCCAUCCAUCGAUGAACUUGAGUAUUGCCAAAUUUCUUAGCUUUGGACAGACUUUGAAAAAUGCCUUGUCGCCUUACCGACUUGGGGGUUCUUCAGGUGGAAGUGAUUUUGAUCCUAAAGGCAAAAGUGAUAGUGAGGUCAUGCGAUUUUGCCAGAGUUUUAUGAAUGAAUUGUAUCGUUAUUUGGGUCCUGAAAAGGAUCUUCCUUCAGAGGAGAUGGGUGUUGGUACUCGGGAAAUGGGCUUUCUGCAUGGACAAUAUCGACGACUGGCUGGUCAUUCACAGGGAAGUUUUACAGGACCUAGAGUAAAUUGGUCAGGCUCCAGUCUUCGAACUGAGGCUACUGGCUACGGAUUGGUUUUCUUUGCACAGCUUAUGCUUGCAGACAUGAACAAAGAACUAAAAGGUUUAAGGUGUGCAGUUAGUGGUUCUGGAAAGAUUGCAAUGCAUGUCCUAGAGAAGCUCAUUGCUUACGGGGCCGUUCCCAUCACCGUAUCUGACUCAAAGGGUUAUCUGGUGGAUGAAGAUGGAUUUGAUUUCUUAAAGAUAUCUUUCCUGAGAGAAAUCAAAACUCAGCAGAGAAGCUUAAGAGAUUACUCAAAGACUUAUGCUCGCUCAAAGUACUAUGAUGAAGCUAAGCCUUGGAGUGAAAGGUGUGAUGUUGCAUUCCCAUGUGCCUCACAGAAUGAAAUUAAUCAAUCUGACGCCAUUAACUUGGUUAACUCUGGUUGUCAUAUACUUGUAGAAGGCUCCAUUAUGCCAUGUACCGCUGAGGCAGUUGAUGUUUUGAGAAAGGCUAAUGUCCUAGUUGCUCCUUCUAUGGCUGCUGGUGUUGGAGGGGUUGUUGCAGGGGAACUUGAGCUGAAAGAGUGUAAUUUAAACUGGUCUCCAGAGGAUUUUGAGUCUAAAUUACAGGAGGCUAUGAAACAGACAUACCAGAGAGCCCUAAAAGCGGCAACAGAUUUUGGUUAUCAAAAGGAAAGUCCAGAGGCGUUGGUCCAUGGAGCAGUGAUCUCUGCUUUCCUAACGAUUGCCAACGGUAUGGUGGACCAAGGAUGUGUAUAAAUUGCAGCUUUUUCUUGAUAUAGCUAAAUAUCAUAUUUAAUUACUUUUUAUUUGACAUCAAAUAAAAAGUAUGGUGGACCAGGAUCUUAUACAGUGCUUGAUAUUGUAGAUGGUGGGAGGAAUAUAUGUUUGUCAUUGUAGUGUACAUGUAUUAUGUAGGUUAGUUAAUGUCAAAGCUUUGGUGUAGGAUGUACUACAUUUCUAUGUUAGCAAGGUUUAGUUAGCUGCUGAAAUACAAAAAGUAAUUGUGAAAGCAAACACUUGGUAUUGUGGGGUUGAUGGACUUUUAAGUUUUCAGCAAGGAAAUCCUUAUAACUUGGAUGGACUCCAA